GACGUAUUUUCGUUUCAAUCAGCUGGUAACACUGCAAAAAACGAAGAAGAAUUAAAAUCAAAAUAUGAGCGCACGGAAGAAAACCUGGGUGAGAUGCGCCUUCAGCGAGAUGAAUAUGACAGCAAGUCCAGUUCCUUUGGAAGCCACUCCGGCCAAGCGCACAAGAAGUUCAGGCAAUGUGAGCACCAGAAUUUCUAGGUCCCAAAGCGGAAAAUCAACGCCAACACAAAUUCAGGAAGUAGAAUCCGUGGACCUUACCGCCUUAGAAGAUGACCAGGAUGCGGAUAGCACAGGCCCGCCACCGGAAGUCAAGGCAAACUGGAUGGAGAGAUUUGCGCCUGCCACCAGCGAAGAGUUAGCCGUGCAUCCCAAGAAGAUUGGAGAACUUCGCGAUUGGCUGCGUCACUGUGAGGCGGUGCAAAAAAAGUUCCCCGCUCAAAUGUGUCUACUUACGGGACCCACUGGAGCUGGCAAAACAGCAACGUUGCGUGUCCUAGCCAAUGAGUUCGGCUUCCAGGUGCAGGAGUGGAUCAAUCCUGUUGACUGCGAGGUGGUCAAUGCCUUGGGCGAUCAGCCGAGUGGAUGUUCCUACGUGGGCUCCCACCUUGAGGCUUUCAAGAGCUUCCUACUGCGCGCCUCGCGAUACAAAUCUCUGCUGGACUCGCACAACAAGAGACUGCUCCUCGUCGAAGACUUUCCUAAUGUUUUGCUUAGCGAUAAGGAGGCCAACUUUGAGGAGUUACUAGAUGAAUACUCCAACUACGGCAAAUCCCCACUGGUAUUCAUCGUGGCUGAUGCGAAAUCUCGGGGCUUGAACAUUAGCUACCGCCUUUUUCCGGAUCAACUUAAGGCCAAACAUCGCAUCGAGCACAUCAGCUUCAAUUGUAUUGCAUCUACAAUUAUGCAAAAGGCGAUGAAAGCCUUUUGCUCCGUGAUGCAACAGCCGCAAAAUAAGUCUACUUACAAGAUACCCUCGUCCUCUGUUGUUGACUCUAUUGUUGUGGGCGCCCAGGGCGAUAUUAGAAAUGCACUGAUCAAUUUGCAUCUCAGCUCCUUAAAGGGAGUUGCCAGCAUGCCCACCAAGCAGUUAAAUGUCAGUGUAGUUACCAAGGGACGCAAAAAGAAAACGCAAAGCACUCUAAAGUCUAUUGGUAGAGAUGAAUCUAUAACUUUGAUGCACGCAUUGGGAAGAGUGUUGAAUCCUAAGUUUAACGAGGACAAACGCGUGCUGCACAGCCCUGAGGAAAUAACUGAAGCUUUUAACACAGAACCAAGGAAUUUUGUAAACUUCAUACAUGCCAAUUAUCUGCCACAUUUUAAAAACAUAGAGGAUGUCGUGGCCGCCAUAAAUGACUUGGGUCUGUCAGAUGCUAUGCUUGAUGAGUAUCGUGACAAUUCUUUGCCCACAAUGGGUCUUAACAUUGCUAUAAGGGGUGUUAUGCUGGCCAAUAGUUCCCCUGUCAGCGGUUGGAUGCCAGUUCGAGGACCUAAGCGAAUUAAUAUACAAUCACAGGCCACAUUGGCGGAACAAAGACUAGUGGGUGUGGGUUACUCGGGCAUUUCUAAAUCGCUUUAUGCCACCGAAUACAGCUCCUUUGUGAAGUGCAUAGCUGGCAAACUUUCGGACUCCCACUCAAGCCAAAGUACAGACUCUAUUUAAGCUUAGCAUUUUAGUGAAAUUUAAGAAUACAUUUGAAUAAGUUUAUUUAUCUAUUGUUAAAUCUAAAACCAGAAUUUGCAGAAAUAAAUUUUUGAAAAGACAUCCUUGGGAUAUAUUAAAAAAGAA